AGGGCAGUAUAGGACACGGAAAGGCCUCAGUGCGCCGUAAAGUAAGUGUUGUUAUUAUGUGUCUGCCGCAGACUUGGCAUUCUGGCUAGAAAGGCAGCAACGUUCCCUCUGCUUCAUUCAUAUCUCCUGUUCAACAGAUGUCACAGCUGCCUGGGCAGUGGCCCACAGGCGGUGUUUAUCCAGCAGCCAGAACCUUCAUCUGUGCCGGCCCCCAGGUCAAGAUCUACCGUGGCUCAAAGACCUCCACCACAGCCAUCACCACCAAGGACCAGAGGACCAGCAUCACUACAGCAGCCUCCACCUCCAUCUGUGCCUGCCAUAAGAUUAAGAUACACCUCGGUACAAAGGCCUCCACCACAGCCAUCACGAUCAACCCAGCCAGCAAAGAAGUCUCGCCUAGCACACGUACCUCCCACACAGCCACCAGCAUCAACCCGGGACAAUCCCACCUACCUCCCUCCGACACAGCCACCAGCAGCCCAUGCACCAUCACCCCCACCUACACAGCAGCCAGCCCCACUGUCUUGGAAGACGGACAAAGACCAUGACACUGCUCCCCCUGUCUUUACAUGUAUAAUGAAUAGUUGGUUGAAAAAGUUCUGAUAUUGUAAAUAUUGAAAUUUUACAGUUUCUUAUGUUAACAUAAAUAGUUGGUUGAAAAAAAAGUUGUAAUGCUCAAUUUGUAUUUGUACACAUCACAUGAACCUCAGUAUGGAAUAUGAAGUCAUGAAUCAGUCCUGAUGUAACUUUUCUGUGGUGAAAGUAGAGUGAUAGAACAAUUUUACUUACUCCAAAUUCUAAUUUACACAUUUUCAUUUUAGACAUGAAUAACACAUUUAUGUAGGCCUAUAGUGUAAUUCAUAUAUUUCACUACUUUUGUGAACCAAAGACUUUGGUGAACCAAAUCUGAAACACCAAAAUAAAAGGAGGACAUGAGUAAAUCUGUGUUUCACAA